GGGGGAGGGAGGGCUGCCGUGCAGCAGGAACUGUGCAAUCGCACGCACACGGGGAUCCAGGGACGGCAGCCCCUUGCACUGGGAUCUAAAACCACAGCGCGAAAGAGAGUUGAACAGAAACACUCAGACACACCACAAUGGCAGACAAACUCAAAGAUGCCAAGAUCAUCUUUGUUGUGGGUGGGCCUGGCUCUGGAAAGGGCACCCAGUGUGAGAAGAUAGUUGCAAAGUACGGCUAUACUCACCUGUCAUCUGGGGAUCUGCUCCGUGCUGAGGUGGCUUCUGGCUCUGAGAGGGGCAAGCAGCUCCAGGCCAUCAUGCAGAAGGGAGAGCUUGUACCCUUGGACACAGUCUUAGACAUGAUUAAGGAAGCCAUGAUUGCCAAGGUUGAUGUCUCCAAGGGCUUCCUUAUUGAUGGCUAUCCCCGUGAGGUGAAGCAGGGGGAGGAGUUUGAGAAGAAGAUCGGCAAACCCUGCUUGCUGCUGUACGUUGACGCAAAAGGAGACACGAUGGUCAAAAGGCUUUUGAAACGUGGUGAGACCAGCGGCCGCUCUGAUGACAACGAGGAGACCAUCAAGAAGCGCCUGGACCUGUAUUACAAAGCAACCGAGCCAGUGAUCGCAUUUUAUGAGAGCCGCGGUAUUGUCAGGAAGGUCGACUCUGAGCUCCCAGUGGAUGAUGUCUUCGCCCAAGUCGCCAAGGCUAUUGAUGCACUGCAGUAAAGCAGCAUUACUAGAUGGGCCUGUGUCUGAUUGUUGGUUUAUUUUCAAUUUUCACAAUGUCAGUUUCAUGAGGACAAAAAACAAACGCACACACAGAAACGAAACAUUUUCCACUCAUUUGGAAUGGCCAUGAAAGCUCAAAGAUGUCUUAACUUUAAUCCUAAUCCAGCAAUAAGAACCUAAAGUUUUAAAAUCACACAAAAACGAAUCUGUGUAAAGCAGCUUUUGGGGAAAAAAAAAAAAAA